AUGUCUUUGAAUAUUGAUAAGCAUACGAAAUAUCAUCUUAGGCAUUUAAAUUUUCUUCCUCAUCAUUAUUUGUUUGCAGAUACAAGUAGAAUGAGUAUUGUAUUUUUUUGUGUUUCUUCUCUUGAUCUUCUUGGCUCAUUGGAGACCUCUACAACAUCUGCACAAAGAAAAGAGUGGAUAGAAUGGGUGUAUUCAUUUCAAGUGUCAAACGGGUUUUGCGACUGUACUCCAGAUUUUCCGUCUUUAUAUCAUAAUUUAGCACAUAUAACAUCUACAUAUUUUGCAAUAUGUAUUCUUUUAAUUCUUAAAGACAAUAUGGAACGGCUAAAUAAAGAAAACAUUAUAAAAUAUGUUUCACGUUUACAAAAUACUGAUGGGAGUUUUUGGCCUUACAUUGAAGAUCAUCAAAAUAUAAAACUCUUUGAAAAAGCUGAUAUUAGAUUCACAUAUUGUGCAAUUGCUAUUCUUUAUAUUCUUAAAUGUAAAGAUGUAGAUAAAAUUAUACGUAUAGAUCCUCUUUUGGAAUAUAUACGCUCUUGUAAGUCAUACGAUCAUGGAUUUGCAGAAAAUCCAAAAAAUGAAUCUCAUGGUACUGGAUACACUUUUUGUGCAGUUACUUCGCUUAAUUUACUUAAAAAUAUGUUACCAGCGAUAAAUGAAAAGAUAUCUUCUAUAUGUUCAGAAAAGACUAUAAAAUGGUUAUUAAAAAGGCAAUUGUCAGAUACUGAAGAUUUUGGUGGAUUCGAAGGAAGAAUGAAUAAAUCUUCAGAUACAUGUUAUUCUUUUUGGAUUGGAGGAGCAUUAAAGUGUCUUCAAAAUGGUAUAGAAUUCGUUUCAAAAAAACAUAGUCGAGAGUUUCUUUUAAAAAGAAUUCAUAAUAUAGGAGGAUUUGAAAAAUGCAAGGGUGAAUAUCCAGAUGUAAUGCAUUCAUACUUUGGUCUUGCUGCACUUUCAAUUUUUGGUGAUGAAAAACUUCAAGAAAUUCACCCUGCACUUGGUAUUUCAAAAAAGUCCUUACAAAGUUUAAAACUACUGAAUGAAGAUUAA